UUAAUAAGGGAUAAGAGGAUUUAUAAUUAGUCUACUACAAUAUCAAUAUUCAAAAAGGACCUUCUAGCCUGUACCACUACCUCAACUCUUCAUGAACCAGUAUCAGCCAGCUUUGCCACAUCUUUCGCUUUAGACUAGAAUGAAUGACAACGACAUACAAGUGUUCAAUGCACAUUCUGGAGAAAGCAUUAAAAUCAACAGAUACUAUUUUGUGACACUGGAGGAGCUUAAAAGAUUUUGCUCCAAUCAAUUCAACAUACCGUCAAAUCAAUUGUUUCUUAUAUCUCCAUUUGGUAUAAAGAUCAAAAGAACCACUUCAUUGGAGGAAACAAGUGAAAUAUAUGUGUUUGAUAAGAAUCUGUUCACUACAAAUAAAUCAGAUGAAUAUAUCAGAUCAUAUAUAUCGUCACAAUAUGCUGAAAAUCAUGACAAUUUGAUUCAACCUAUAAAUUCCCCAUUAUUGGAUGUUAAUUUGGAAAAAGUUGCUUCUUCGAAGAAUACUAGGCAAAUGAUUGGACUUUUAACUACGAAUCUUGGAUGGGUUGCUGCUAUUGAAUCAGAUUCUGCUUUAUUUCAUAAAAAGAUCAUAGCUAUGGGUGAGAAGAUUAGAAUACUUUUCAAAGCAUUAACUGUGGCAACACAAUAUAUUGAUAGCUAUUGCCUUGAUGUUAAAAAGAAUUAUGACUCAUCAAUAGAUUUUGUGAUCAGUAUUCAAAAUCAUUCAUUGAACCUAACUUGGAAAGAUCAUUACAAAAGGCUUAAAUACAUUCCAUUAGUCGAUGGUGAAGAAAAACCAUUAUCAAGUUUGCUUGAUCAAAGAGAAUUAGAGAAUCAAGCAAGAGAAUGCAUUAAAUUGAAUGAGUCCAUCAACUCAGAGCUUAUGGGAUAUAAAUCCAAAAUCGAAUCAAGUAAGAAAUCAAGAGGUGAAGUGGAGAAAGAUAUUGGUGUCUUAGAAUCAGAAACCAAAAAAGUUGUGGAGCAUUUGGAAUCCGAGGAAGAUUUGAAAGAAUUGAAGUUAUUGAGUGAUAAGGUACAAGCCGAUACAAAGCAUUUGUUGAACAAAACCAAAAAUAAAUUGGAUGAAAUUGACAUAGAGUUGAUACUGGAAACUUUGCAAACUCAUAAGGGAGAUUUUGUUUCCAAGAUAUUCAAAUUGUCGCUGAAGUUGUACAAAAUCUUUCUAAACUGGAAUGAUCUAGGUGCAAAACUUCAAGUUGAUUUAACUAAGCAGCUUCAAAGAUUAAGUGGUGCUCAAUCUGAGAUUAUAUCGGUUAAAGAAGCUUUGAAGAAUAUCAGCGGUAAGAUUGAACAAGUUCAAAACCUAGAAUCUUCACUUUCACACACGGUUGAUUUACCAUUAUUAUAUGGUCUUUACAUUGUGGAGGAUAUCAGAAGAAAUGAAUGGCUGCUCGAAAUGAAAUCAUUAUCAUCUAAAACAGUUGAAAAUUUUGCUUCAUUAAGAGAGAAGGAAAUUAAAUUAAGAUCACAAUGGGUAAGAAACUUUGGAACUAUUUUGAAGUUAUUGGAUUACAACAUUGCAUCAUUUAACAGCAGAAACAUUGCUAAUAUUGAUCUGAAUAUCAAUGAAGAUAAAUCUCUCAUUCAAUCAGGUAAAUUUACUAAGGAAGAUGCUUUGAAUUACGUUGACAAGUUGAAAGCAUCUGGAGUUAAUCAAGACACCAUAAAUGUUAUAACCAAAGCAAUCAAUGACUUGCCAUUGAGAAAGUCAAGAAUAAAGUUGAAUGAUCAGGAUACCACGGAUGCUAAUUCUUCAGAUCAAGUCAUAAAAGGUUACAAAGCCAGAAUUAAGAAAUUGGAGAGUUUGUUACAUCAGGAACAAUUUAAACACUUUAGUCAUUGGCCCUCAGGAGCUUCUGGAGAAUCUAAAUUUCCUGGAUUGUCUAGGUACUCAUUAGUUUUUGAUAAGUCACAAAACAGAUCUCAGCUUAGACCAGCUUCUGGUACUGGACAGCUCAUUGGAGAUACUAAAUUUGAAUCUCAAACCCGUGACAGAUCAUUAUCACCAACAGCAGAUACAAAAAUCAUAGAGCCAGAAGAGUUGGCUUCUUUACGGAAUGAGAAAACUGAUUUGCUAAAUAAGAUGAGGAAAAUGAAAGACACCAUUAAUAUAAUCAAUGAUGAAUUGAAAUCGAUCAAAAAGGAUUUUUCAUCAAAAGAAUCUGAGAAUCAAAUUUUAUUGAAGCAAUUAGAUCUAGUGAGAGAUGAAAACCUUGCUAACUUAGCCAAGUUGCAACUACAAAUCACUUCUAAAGAAAAAGAAAAGUCACAGCUUGAUGAAUUGACAUCAAAACAAAAGCAGGAACUUUCGAACCUAGAGAAGCUGUUAAAGGAGAGAGAUGGUAUUGUUGAUAAGUUGAAGAGUUCACAUGCCACAGAAGUCGACUCUUUGAAGAAGGAACUAACUAAAAAGGAUGCUGAAUUCAAAGAAUAUGAAUCAAAGAAUGACAUUAGAGAUGAAUUAGAAGCUCUAAGAAGUGAGCUUGAAGCUCAAAAGGCUGAAAAUUCAAGCCUCAAGGACCAACUGGAUGUAAGGGAGAGAGAUCUUGAGGAUAUCGAAGAAAAAUCUAAAAAGCAAAAUGAAGAAUUAGAGAAACUCAAGAAACAAGGUCUUUCAGUCAAAGAUUUGGAGUCUCAAAGAGACAAGUUGGUGAAUGUCAAUAUCGACUUGAAUAAGGAUAUUGAUAAGUGGAAAAGUAAUUAUAAUACUUUGAGCUCAAUGAAGAAUGAUUUACUAGAGAAUAUGUCGAACCGUGAAAGCGAAUUCGCCAAAGAGAAAAAGUCACAACAAGAGGAAAUAGAGUCUUUGAAGAUGAAGCUCGAAGAUAUGGAUAGAUUACAGGAUGAAUCCCAUAAGGGUGAUGAAGGUCAUAAUGGGAAUCAAACUAUUCUACAAUUGGUCAUUAUCAUUAACUCAUUGAUUAUUAAGUCUAGAGAUUUAAGUGAAAUUCUUUAUAACAACUAUGGACUAUUUUGCUCUACUUUGAGGUCAAUUGGGUUACUAGCUGUGAAAUUGGAAUCUGGUGAAAUCAACAUUAUCAGGGUUAAAGGAUUACGUAAAUUAGGUGAUAACAAUGAUCUUAGUAACACUAUUGAUAUGUCAAAUGGUGCUAAACCUGAUCUAGAAAAAGAUGUUGAAAAGUAUUUAGCAUGGACGGAAUUACCAGAUUCAAAGUUGAUUGCGGAUUUGAGCUCAACUCAGUCAGAGGAUGACCAGUCAAAGUCUUUAGAUUUGGUAUGUGAAACAUUGAUUGAGAACUAUAACUUGACAAAUUUUGAAGAGAAGUAUUUGAGCUUUGUUAAUGAAGUUACAAAUUUGUUACCAUCUUUCAAGGCCAGUGUCUCAAAGAGGUUCAGAGAAGUGGAAAAUUUGGCUAAAAGGGAAUUGAAAGAAAACAAAAGGUUCAAAGAAAAUGAGCGUCAGAAGAUUUCGAUCAGAGACUUUAAAGUGGAUGAUUUAGUAUUAUUUUUACCAACAAGAUCUAAUAUUGGUUCUAGCAAUGAAGAUGAGGCAAGAAGUAACAACUGGGCUGCAUUUAAUGAUAUGGGUGAUAUGAAGUUUUUAUUAAAGAAUGACUUGAAGAUACCACCAAAUAAGCAAUGGAUUAUUGGAAGAAUCUCGAGCAUUGAAGAGGUUGAAAACGAUAGCAAAGAGUUUUUAAUUACCGCAGAGGAAGCAGUGCUCAACAGCCAGAACUAACUUCAGAAUUAAGUUUCUGUUCACCAAUACGUUUGUCCGUGAGAUAAUCUGAUAUGACAACUAAUACGUAGUUAGGUUUUAUAAGUAUGUACAUGGAUCUUGUUUGUAAAGCUGUGGGUUUUCUCCAUUUGCAGGUCUAUACUCUAUCUCAAAUAAAAGCUGAUUCCUUGAAGAUUAUAGAUAUUUCGUAG